AUGCAGGGUGUUUAUGUAAGCAAAAGCUCCAAUCAACUCUUGAAAGGUACAUAUGCAUGGAAAGAGAAUGUGGAAAAUCUGGAAUGCUACCUAGUCCAUGCUGAAAAUGAUGAUUUGAACAGUGUUGAAAAGAAGAGUGUAUUGGCCUUUCAGUCAAAUAUUUCUAAACUUCAGAGAUUUCAAAAUGAAGAAACAACUGCUAAGUGGGGUGUACUUGAGAAGUCCUUCACUGAGGACUCAACCCUACAAAGUUAUCGGAGCAUUUUCAAUGGAGACAGAGUUGCACAAGGCAGUGAGUGUGAAAAAAUGUUUGAUCAAGGCUCAAAUGUUAAUAAAGAUCUGAUGACUCAUUUUCAAGAGAACCAUUUCGAACGUAUUAAGUAUGAGGAAUUCAGUGAUAGAAGAUCCAAUGUUAUACAUCACAGUAUGCAUAUAAGGGAGAAUCCUUAUAAAGCUAAUGAAUGUGAAAGAGAUUUUAACCAGUCCUCCAGCAUGAGCGAUCAUCAGAGAAUUCAUGUGGGAAAGAAACCAUAUGGAUAUGAUAAGCCUAGGAACGUGUCUAGUGAGUCAUCCAGAAUAUGUAUACGUAAGACAGUCUGUAGUGGAGAGAAACCUUACCAAUGUAUAGAAUGCGGCAAGGCCUUUAUACACAAAAAAGGCCUCAGUAGACAUCAAAGAAUUCAUACUGGAGAGAAACAUUACAAAUGUAAAGAAUGUGGCAAAGCCUUUCAGGACAAAUCAAGCUUUAACAUCCAUGAGAGAAUUCAUACUGGAGAGAAACCUUACAAAUGUAAAGAAUGUGGCAAAGCCUUUCGGCAGAAAUCACACAUUAUCAUCCAUGAGAGAAUUCAUACCGGAGAGACACCUUACAAAUGUAAAGAAUGUGGCAAAACCUUUAACCAGCUCACACAGCUUACUCGGCAUAUAAAUACUCAUACUCGAGAGAAAAUGUAUAAAUGUAAAGAAUGUGGCAAGGCCUUUCCCUACAAAUCAAGCCUCACUAUACAUCACAGAAUUCAUACUGAAGAGAAACCUUACAAAUGUAUAGAAUGUGGCAAGGCCUUUCUUCACAAAUCAUCUGUUAACAUCCAUGAGAGAAUACAUACUGGAGAGACACCUUACAAAUGUAAAGAAUGUGGCAAAACCUUUAAACAGCUCUCAAACCUUACUCAGCAUAUAAAUUUUCAUACUCGAGAGAAAAGGUAUAAUUGUAAAGAAUGUGGCAAGGCCUUUCCCUACAAAUCAAGCCUCACUACACAUCACAAAAUUCAUACUGGAGAGAAACCUUACAAAUGUAUAGAAUGUGGCAAGGCCUUUCUUCACAAAUCAUCUCUUAACAUCCAUGUGAGAAUACAUACUGGAGAGACACCUUACAAAUGUCUAGAAUGUGGCAAAACCUUUAAACAGCCCCAAAACCUUACUCGGCAUACAAAUACUCAUACUCGAGAGAAAAUGUAUAAAUGUAAAGAAUGUGGGAAUGCCUUUUCCACAAAUCAAACCUCACUACACAUCACGGAAUUCAUACUGGAGAGAAACUUUACAAAUGUAUAG